GGCAAACUGGGUAGUGCAUUACCGCCACCUUCUGAGUUGGAGUACGCAUUAUUAUGGCAAUUUCUGUGCAUUUUUAGCUCAAACGCCUGGGAAACAUACCUAAAUGCAAAUGAAAGCUGUUCUUCAACCAUUUGGAGCAUAUCUAAAAGCUUGGGCUCUUUGGAAAGGUACCACUCUGUAGUUUUCACCACAGCGCUCAGAUUUACAGUACUAAAUGGGUACCAACAAUUUUGUCCACGUCUGUAUCUGGGAAAUUAGAGGAGAUUUGAUUAAAGUCCAACGUGCUUUGGAAACCAGAGGAUACAAGAGGAGCAAGUCCGACAGUGCAACGGUGCAAACUAGAAGGAUGGAACAGCUUCAUGGAUCCGUUUGACGGAUUUAUGUUUUCUCUGCCUUUGGAAAGGAUAGAAAAACUAUUCUUACCAGAGACAAUAUACUGUCAGCAGUUGACGAGCUUCAAGGAUCAAAGAACUCAAUGACAUAUUCUGGGGUAAGGUGUGUCAACAUUUGGGAAUUGCCAGUAUAAAACUCCACAAAACAAGGCUUAAACGAGCCUAUUUUCGUCACAGAAAGCCCUACAGCACAAGAUUGCGAGUGAUUCUAGAGUUGCAGAACAAGAAGCAGGCAGCACCAGUAACGUCCAAUCUGAUGGAGGGAGCGCAGCUGAAGCUGAAGCUGAUGCAGGCAGCACCAGUAACGUACAAUCUGAUGGAAACAUAAUAGUUGGUACGUCAACAUCACCAUCAUCCUUAAAUGACAUUGAAGAUCAAGAUAAAUAUUUCAGUCAUCCAGUGCCACAAAGACCUUGUUUUUCUUUAUUCCUGAGGCUGACUGGAAUCAUUUAAGAAGUAAACAACACAAAUGUUGUUUCAAAACACUGGACUGGACCAAUGUCAUUGCGCAAGGCAUUCGCAGUGUACACCCGUUUUGCAGUUUUGCAUUCAAACGGCAUACUGUGAAAGCAGCUGGGUCUGUAAGAACUGGCCCUCUGUUUUCUUGUGCUGGGUAUUGUCGUUUUGAAGAAUGUCCCGUUGAAGUCUUUGUGAAAGUUAAUAACGAGCUGUCUCUUAAGGCUACUGUGACUUUCAAAGGAGACAAAGUGUGGCACAGUUGCAAUGUCUUAAAAAGACGGCCUGUACGUGCCAAUGACAGAUCUACAACAGCAGAUGUCCUAACCACGAAACUACCACGUAGCCUGUACUUAGAUAAUUUAGGGAAGCUGGCUGAGAGUGUGGUAGAUUCAGGUUGUAGGGACCAAGUUCCAACUCCAGGCACACUGAAAACUUUGUCCUGGGACAACAAAAGAAAAAAAGGAGUCAUACUAAUGAUUAUUAAGCUUGCAAAAAAAUGCAUGAAGAAGAGCAGGGAUCCCAGGAUGCCAUAAUACAAAAAAUACAAAUGCAUCCAAAAGGAGUAAUGCUGUGGUCCAAGAAGAUGCUGAGCCUCUUUUAUCAGCGGUGUAGGGAUGAUAUUGUUUACUUGGAUGCUACUGCGAGCAUUAUUCAAAAAGGAAAGGGUCGCAGUGCACCAUUCUACGUGUAUGAGCUAGUGGUGCGACAUCCUUCAAAGGGAUCGUCCCCUGUGCCAGUAGCGACAUAUGUCACAAAUGACCACACAACUGCGUCUGUGUCAUUUUUCUUGGCCUCAUUUGUGACAGACCUAAUAAGACAACAUGGACUGAGAAUUCAAACAAGGCCUGUCAUGUUUAUUUGCGAUGGCUCCAUAGUUUUACUGCAGUCACUGUCCUACAAUUUCUGUGGAGUCAGUCUUCAGGAGUUGUUGAACAGAUACUACAAUAUCGUGACAGGCCAGGCCCCGGAGGAUUCAAUUCGACUCCCAAUACUGCAUCGCUGCCUGAGCCAUGUAAUGAAAAAUGCCAAGGACCUUUGCAAAAAACAUGCCCCAAAACAUUACCACCUAGCAAUGCAUACCUUCGGUGCUAUGGCUCAGGCCACAACAAUUGAAGAGCUUGAAGAAAUCAUUGUCAGUGCUGCUGUUGUGUUCUCAAGGUCCCACAGUGGCCAAAAAGUUGACAAACAUUUCAAAAACCUUCAGUUGAUAAUGACACAAGGAGGAAGAACUGACAUUGAGGACUCAUCCAUUGUGGAGCUGGAUUUUAUGAAUGAUGUGGGAGUAACAUCAUUCCAACAUCAUUUUGAACGAGUGAUUAAGCAGGAGGAAGGAGACAAGGACGGUGAGCCCAAUAUGUAUCUUAGUGCAACAUUCAUUCCUGCAUUAACAAAGUUCUUCAUACCUCAGGCUGCCUUGUGGACUGGAGUACUCUUGGGUGAUCUUGGACGUCAUGGAACAGGGCCAGUCUAUGAAAAAUUUACACAGAGGUUCAACAGAGCAGCUCAGAAAACAACCCAAAAUUACUCUCAAGACAACCACACACAGGGCAUCAUGGAGAAAAGUCAGUGGGACCUUAAGAGGAUACGUUUUCAAAGAAGACGGCUUACCCGAUUGGAUGACUUUGUGGUGACUUACAAGAUGACCCUGAAUGGUCUUUUGAGAGUUCAGAUAUUCAUUGAAGGGCAAGCAAAGGAGACAUCAUGUAGAUGAGGAGGAAUGGAAACAAAGGAGACAGAGGAAGCGAGGUGUCUAUGUGAGCCCUUUAGUCAAACCCUUUGUAAUGCAAAAGAUGAAGACCUCUGAGAAAAAGAUACAAACGCAGACACUCACCAAGGAAACAGGAGAAGAGGCCCAUCAAGAUGACAGAAAUGGACAGUGUUUUCCUCUGCCUGUUCUGGAAUCCCCGAGAACACCAGGUUGUCCCUCAUGCUGCGGGCCUGCAGAUCGAUGACACCUUCUUUUAUUUUUUUAUUUUCGGCCGCUAGCUGAGCCACAUCCUCCGUCAGGGACUGCACCGUUCCUUUCAGGGCCUCGUUCUCGGUGGCGAGAGAAAUCACCUGCUGCUGGCUAAAUUCCAGGGAGUCGCGGAGGGCCAUAAACUCUUUGUGGAGGAGUUCCACUAGCGCCAGACGUGCGUCGAAGCUUGAUAUUUUUUUCUCUCUGGACUCCAGGAUGUCCGUGAUGUUUUUGUCCGCCGAGCUAGCUCCAGGUGACUCAGUACGUUGAUGCAGACCAAAGUAAGGUCUAUCUUGUGGAUCCUGCAAAAAGUGCCAAAGAACUGGUAGAGUCGGAGCAAGCAGCGAAAAGACUGCGUGACUAUUUCAACAUGAGACGGGCCUGCCACAGCAAAACUGACUGGGUGGAUAAAAAAUGGAAGGAGGCCAUUAUGCAUCACCCAGUUAAGAAAGAUAGCAGUAGCUGUGGGGUCAUUGUGAUUAUGGUUAGUGAUGGAGGCCUUCCCAAAUAUGCCAAGCAUGGACUUCAAAACGACAAGAAAAGAAAUGGCACAAGAACGCACAAACAUAGCGUGUGAGAUAUUACACGCUUCUGUGUUCAACACAGACAGUAACUGUGCUAUGUGCUCAACCACAAAGCCACCAGGAUCAGGACCAGCCUUUACAGACUGGAUACAGUGUGAUGGCUGUUGCCGGUGGUAUCACGCACAGUGCCUUAAACUAGAUAAAGACACCCUUAAAAAAGCAGCAAGUGAAGACUGGAAUUGCUGUCUUUGUACAUAAUUCAUUAGCCAUGAAAAACUAACAGGAUGUAUCCUAUCUGUUUUACUGCAUUUCUCAUUUUUGCAUAAAGUUGUAUUUGUGUUCCACACAAAUGUUGCACUGAACUAUGCACCAAAGUCAAGUUCUUAAUCAUCAAAGUUGACUUUUUACAGUAUGACAUAGUACUUUCAAUUACUGCUAAAAGGUAAACUAUACAGUAAAAGUACGCAGGUCUUUGUGUGGUGAUAGUACACCUCUAGCAGAAUAAGGAGAAAGUGGUCUGGGCCUGGAACUAUGCACCAAAGUCAAGUUAUUAAUCAUCAAAAUUGACUAUAAUGCCAAUACGAUACUAUAAUAGGACAUGGUAGUUUUGAAUACUAAUAAAUCCUAAACUAUACAGUAACAAUACACAGAUCUUUGUGUGGUGAUAGUACACUUCUAGCAGAACAAGGAGAAAGUGGCCUGAGCCUGGAACUAUGCACCAAAGUCAAGUUAUUAAUCAUCAAAGUUGACUGUAUUACAGUAUGACCUGGUAGUUUGAAUACUAAUAAAUUCUAAACUAUACACUAAAAAUACACAGAUCUUUGUGUGGUGAUAGUACACAUCUAGUAGAACAAGGGGAAAUUGGUCUGACCCUGGAACUAUGCACCAAAGUCAAGUUAUUAAUCAUCAAAGUUGACUGUAAUACAAUAUGACAUGGUAGGUUUAAAAAAUAAUAAAUGCUUAAUUUUACAGUAAA